AAGAAGCAGAUGGCUGGUGUGGAGCAGGAGGUGUAAUUAGCAUGAAGGAGACGCACGGCUCGUCUAUUGGACAGCAAGUGCACAAAGACACGCCUCACAAGCUUCAAUGUUUGGUCCUUUUUGACGGAACUGAAGGCAGGAGAGGAUUGGACUCUCGCCAUCUCACUUGUCAUCCAAAAGCCGUGUCAUGCUACAUGUUUAUUAGCCAUGGCUACUUCACUGUAGCGUCUGCUUGUCGGCGAGUGUCCCGUCCCGCCCAACUCCGGGUUUUCAUUUUCAAUUUCUCUUGCUUUCUUCUUUAUUCCACACUCAUGACUUCGCCGCUCUUCUUGAGUCAGCUGCUCGGUGUUCCUUUAGAAAUAAUGGAGCCAAACACCGCGGAAAAAGACACAACUUACACCAAGAUUUUUGUCGGCGGGUUACCUUAUCACACCGACGACGCCUCACUCCGGAAAUAUUUCCAGACUUUCGGGGACAUCGACGAGGCGGUUGUGAUCACCGAUAAACACACGGGAAAGUCCAGAGGAUACGGCUUUGUGACCAUGGUGGACAGAACGGCCGCACAGCAGGCGUGCAAGGAUGCAAACCCCAUCAUUGACGGCAGGAAGGCCAACGUUAACCUGGCGUACUUGGGAGCCAAACCACGCAGCUCACAGACAAGCUUGGACAUCCUUACGUCUACCCUCCAGCGUUCCUCCAGCCCAGCCUGGUGCUGCCCCCCCCUUACUUGGACUACAGCUCCGCAUACAGCCCCUUCACUCCCUCAGGGCUGGACCACUACCCGUACAGCCCAUCACCAGGCUACCUCAGCUACAGCUUCUCACCCGGGGCGCCAACUCUACCCGCAACCCCGCCGGCUGGCAGCCAGCCGUCUGUGGCCGCGCUCUCCACGGUGUCUGUGCCCCCACAGGCCCUUGUCCCUUACCCUGUGCCACAGCCCCACCGUGCGCAGUGAUGAGCCAAUACCACGUGACUGUGACAUCAUCAGGAUGAGACAAGCGGAAAGCUUGAUGUCGUCAAAAAGGGCUUACAGAAAGCACUCAUUACUUUUGUAUGUUCUGGUUUAUUGGUUGAUACAAAUCGUAUUGCUACUUUUUCUUUAAACAACCUGAAUGUUUUUAUAAGUGAAAAGUGACGGACUGGAGCGAGAGAGACUGAAUAUCCCUUUUGUGUUACAUUUUAUGUUUCCGCAAAGCUCAUCGCAGGUUGAGAUUUCCCCUUCCCUCCAAUGCAGGUCUUAUAACCUGCUCAAUAUAUACAAUAUUAAAUAGAAUAUUGUUACAUUUCAAUCAGGACAAUAUUUGACCUCCAAAGAUGUUCACUUCGGAUGUAAAUGUUAUAAAAGAGGCAGCAGUGUCAGGGUGGAUCGCCAUUUGUCUUUUCACCUCCAGCUGCCAAAUCAGACUCAGUGUCCCUUAUUCAUGUGGAAUCAUGUUAAACAAAGUUAUUCACUACUUAAGUACAAAUAUGCAAAAAUAAAAGCAAUGCUUCCUCUUAAAA